AUGGCCGCAGCGGCACCGGCACUGGGCCGGGCGGGGCCACGGGGAGCGGGGCCGGUGCGGCUCCCGGUGCGGCUCCCGGUGCGCGCCCGGGGGACUGAAUCCGGUGCAGGGCCCGAGUUCCCGGAGCGGGGCCCGGGGAGCAGCGAGGGCCCUGGGGUACCGGAGGAGGCUCCGGGGACGGACGGAGGUGCGGGACCCGGGGUGGGGGAGUCGGGCUGCGGGCCCUUCGGGGUCCCGGCUCGGGCCGGGGCGGGUCGGGACCGGCGCAGGGCCCGGGCCGCGGUGCUGGAGCUCCGCCCGCCGCCGCUGGGGCCGCCCCCGCCCGCCCCCUGCCCUCCCGGGGCCGCCCCCAGCCCGCCCCCCGCCCCGCCCCGUUCCCCGGUGCCCUCCCCCCAGCCCGCCCCGUUCCCCGGUGCCCGCCCCCCGCCCCGCCCCGUUCCACGAUGCCCUCCCCCCGACCCGCCCCGUUCCACGAUGCCCUCCCCCCAGCCCGCCCCGUUCCCCGGUGCCCGCCCCCCGGCCCGCCCCGUUCCCGGUGUCCGGUGCCGCCAUGCUGCUGCCGCUGCUGCUGCGGGCGCUCAGCCCCCGGCCGGGCUCCGCUCGGUGCCCUCGGCGCUGCGGCCGCCCCUCGGCACGGGGCGCAGUUUCAGGUAUGGGGGGGGACGCCUGGGGCUCACCAGUGCCCCUCUCCGGCCGCCCGGCCCUGCACCACCAGCCCGGUACUGCCUGCUCCUGGCCGGCCCGGCCGCGGGCUGUGUGGCACUUGGCUUGCUGGGCACAGCCGCACGUUGCCAGGAGGCCGCUGUCCCCGCUGUCCCCGUCCCCGCUGUCCCCGAGACCGCGCAGCCCCGGCCGGAGCCCGCCUUCGACUGGCCGGCGUUCUGGACCUUCCUGCGGCCCCAGCUCCUGGCGCUCUCGGCAGCCGUGGUGCUGGCACUGGGCGCAGCCCUGCUCAACGUCCGUAUCCCGGUGCUGCUGGGCCAGCUGGUGAACGUGGUGGCCCGAUGCGCCCGCGGCCCCGUCACUGGAUACUUGCAGGAGGUCCGGCGCCCAGCGCUGCACCUGCUCACCGUCUACUGCCUGCAGGGGCUGCUGACGUUCGGGUACAUCGCGCUGCUGGCGCGCGUCGGGGAGCAGGUGGCGGGCAGCAUGCGCAAGGCGCUCUUCACCAACCUGCUCCGGCAGGACGUGGCGUUCUUCGACGCCAACCGGACGGGGCAGCUGGUGAACCGGCUGACGGCUGACAUCCAGGAGUUCAAGUCCUCCUUCAAGCUGGCCAUCUCCCAGGGCCUGCGCAGCAGCACCCAGACCGCUGGCUGCUUCGUCUCGCUCUACCUGCUGUCGCCCAAGCUGACGGGGCUGCUGGUCGUGGCGCUGCCGGCGCUGGUGGCCGCGGGGGCUCUCAUUGGCGCCGCGCUGCGCAGCCUCUCCCGCCGGGCGCAGGAGCAGGUGGCUAAGGCCACCGUGGUGGCCGAUGAGGUGCUGGGCAAUGUGCGGACGGUGCGUGCCUUCGCCAUGGAGGACCGGCAGGCAGGGCUGUUCUGUGCCGAGGUGGACCGCGCCGGCUGGCUGAGCGAGCGGCUGGGACUCGGCAUUGCCGCCUUCCAGGGGCUCUCCAACCUGGCGCUCAACGGCAUCGUCCUGGGGACCAUCUUCGUGGGCGGCUCCCUGAUGGCUGGGGACGAGCUCUCGCCAGGUGACCUCAUGUCCUUCCUGGUGGCCUCGCAGACGGUGCAAAGGUCCUUGGCCAACAUCUCCAUCCUGCUGGGGCAGGUGGUGCGGGGUCUGAGCGCCGGUGCCCGUGUGUUCGAGCUGCUGACGCUGGAGCCCAGCGUGGCACUGCGGGGCGGGGGCACCAUCCCCAGCCACUCCCUGCUCGGCCACAUCUGCUUCCACCGCGUCUCCUUCAGCUACCCCACCCGCCCCGGCUACCUGGUCCUGCGGGACUUCAGCCUCACGCUGCCCCCCUGCAAGACUGUGGCCAUCGUGGGACCAUCCGGAGGAGGGAAGUCGACGGUGGCGGCGCUGCUGGAGCGGUUCUAUGAGCCCACGCAGGGCACCAUCACCCUGGACGGCCGCGACAUCUCCUCCCUGGACCCCUCGUGGCUGCGAGGGCAGGUCAUCGGCUUCAUCAGCCAGGAGCCAGUGCUCUUCGGCACAACCAUCAUGGAGAACAUCCGCUUCGGGAAGCCGGGAGCCUCUGACGCCGAGGUGUACGCUGCGGCCCAGCUUGCCAACGCCGAUGGCUUCAUCCGCAGCUUCCCCGAGGGCUACGACACCGUCGUGGGCGAGCGUGGCACGGCGCUCUCGGGGGGCCAGAAGCAGCGCAUCGCCAUCGCCCGGGCCCUGCUGAAGGACCCCGCCAUCCUCAUCCUGGACGAGGCCACCAGUGCGCUGGAUGCCCAGUCGGAGAAGGUGGUGCAGGAGGCGCUGGACCGCGCGGCCGCGGGCCGCACCGUGCUGCUCAUCGCCCACCGCCUCAGCACCAUCCGCGGGGCUGACCUCAUCGUGGUGCUGGCGCAGGGCCGGGUGGCCGAGGCAGGGACGCAUGAGGAGCUGGUGCGGCGGGGGGGUCUCUACGCUGAGCUCAUCCGCCGGCAGACCAAGGAGCAGUCCUGAGCGGGGGGCAGACCCAGGGGUGCCCUGCUGCUGCUCCCCAAUAAACAGGGCUGGAAGGUG